AUGUCGUCAGAAAAAACCUCUGUAUUAGCUUUAAAAUGCGCUAGAUUAAAGCUAAGACCAAACAAUGUUCCUGAUGAGCUACCUGGUCGCGAAAGCGAGUACAAGCGAAUCUAUGGAAAAGUUAGAUCUGCGAUUGAACAAUUUUCAGGAUGUUGUAUUUGCGUAUCAGGUCAAGCUGGAACCGGUAAAACGGCAACUGUAGAAUGUGUCAUGGAUAAUUUAAAGAAGGAAGUUAGCGAAGUUAGCGAAAUGUCGUUCCAUCUUGUUAAAAUCAAUGGAAUGGAAUUAAAUUCACCUGAAGAAUUGUAUACUAUAUUAUGGAAACAAUUAACUGGUGUUAUUGUAAAUAGUUCCGAUGCUAAAAAAUUAUUAGAUGCAAGAUUUAAGGCUAAAUCUGAACCAGGUCACAGAAAUCAAUCAUCCUUAGUGAGCGAAAGAAGGUCAUCAGACUACAAAAAUCGAUCAUCUUCAGUGAACAAAAGAAGACCAUUAUAUUCACCUUCUUUAGUGGAAAAAAGAAGUCGUUUUUACCAUAGAAAUCAAAAAGAUCUUCCUUUGUUCACUAAAGAUAAAGUGAACAAAAGAAUAUAUUUUGGAGAUCGAUCAUCUUUAGUGAACAAAAAACAUUUUGACCGCAGAGAUCAAUUAUCAUUGGCGAAAGAAAGAAGACAUUUGUACCGUAGAAAGCAAUCAACCUUAGUUAAAGAAAGAAGACAUUUUAGAGGUCGGUCAUCUUUAGUGAAAGAAGGAAGACUAUCAGAUUAUGGAAAUCAAUCAACUUUAGAACACAAAAAUCAAUCAUCCUUAGUGAGCGAAAGAAGACCAUCAGACUACGAAGAUCGAUCAUCUUUAGUGAACAAAAGAAUACAUUUAGACCAUAGUCGUUGUUUUUCAUCUAAACCAUUCAUAGAAUUGAUACAUGAAUUUGCAGCAAAAACACACGUUAUGAAACCUAGAUAUCAAAUUUUCGAAAUAAAAGAUACAGAUAAAUUAGAUAAAUUUUACUCAAAAAUGUUUCUCAAUGGGGUUGAAUACACGGGAAGAAUUCGAUCCAACGAAAUACUUGCGAAGGAAUCACUUUCAAAAAAUGAAAAAGAGACUCCUGAUAGUUCCGAUGCUUCUCUACAUACUGCAAAAGCAACUUCUAAAAAAAGUACACAGGAUGCUUCAAAUCAAAACGAAAAGACAGCAUUGUCAGUAGGUCAUGAUUCCGUGAAAUCCAUAGUUCCUCUUGAUAUUCUAAGACAACUAUAUCUUCCUGGACAACAGCAGGACAGGAUUUUUGAUCCAACAACGAGAACAAUAUCUUACCUUCAAUCGCAAUCAUUUUUUCCUGUAAAGUCGUUACGAUCUGAUGAGAAAAAAAGAAUACUAGUUACUGGAGGUGCAGGCUUUGUUGGCUCUCAUUUGGUUGAUAGAUUAAUGCUAAUGGGUCAUGAAGUAAUCGUACUUGACAAUUUCUUUACUGGUCGUAAGAAUAAUGUUGCUCAUUGGAUAGGGCAUCCUAAUUUUGAAUUAAUCCGUCAUGAUGUAGUAGAUCCAUUUUUAAUAGAAGUAGAUCAAGUUUACCAUUUGGCUUGUCCCGCUUCUCCGCCACAUUAUCAAUAUAAUCCAAUAAAAACAGUAAAAACAAGUGUAAUGGGCACAAUAAACAUGCUUGGACUUGCUAAAAGAGUUAAAGCUCAAGUCUAUGGAGAUCCAGAACAACACCCUCAAACAGAAGCAUAUUGGGGACAUGUCAAUCCUAUUGGUCCUAGAGCUUGUUAUGAUGAAGGGAAAAGAGUUGCAGAAACAUUAACUUAUGCUUAUAUGAACCAAGAUUUUGUGGAUAUAAGAGUGGCACGUAUAUUCAAUACUUUUGGACCUCGUAUGCAUGAAAAUGAUGGUCGUGUAGUAAGCAAUUUCAUUAUGCAAGCAUUGAAAGGAGAAGAACUUACUAUCUACGGGGAUGGUUUACAAACUCGAUCUUUUCAAUAUAUUCAUGAUUUGGUGGAUGGUUUAAUUUUACUGAUGAAUACAGAUUAUAAAGAGCCAAUUAACUUGGGAAACCCUGAUGAAUAUACUAUACGUGAGUUUGCUGAAUUAAUCAUUAAUGAGGUUAAUAAUUCUUGUAAGAUUAAAAAACUGCCUGCUCCAAAAGAUGAUCCUAAAAAACGAAGACCAGAUAUCAAAAGAGCAGAACAAAUUCUUGGUUGGAAACCAAGAUGGCCAGUAAAACAAGGUAUAUACGAAACUGUUAAAUAUUUUCGCAGGCAAAUGGAUGCGGGUCUCAUAUAA